CUCCUCCCCUUCACUCAGAAACCCGGAGCACGUAGCAACAACUGAGCCUAUGUGCUCCACCACGAUCCGUCCUACCGACCGCGAUGCCUGGCAACAGAAAAAAAUACGUGAUGACGUCUCCCCCGGAUUGCGUAUUAUGGGAUGUGCGAAAUUAAACAGCCCGAAGAGGAGACGGGGACGCCAAAAAUAAUAAAAGAGACAGAAAUAAACGAGGUGCAUGGUGAAUCAUGGAGCUGUCGGCUGUCGGUGAGAGCGUCUUCGCCGCCGAGUCCAUCAUCAAACGGCGAAUAAGACGGGGUCGCUGGGAAUAUCUCGUGAAAUGGAAGGGCUGGUCUCAGAAGUACAGCACCUGGGAGCCGGAGGAAAACAUUCUGGACGCUCGGCUCUUCGCCGCCUUCGAGGAGAGAGAGCGUGAACGGGAGCUGUUCGGACCGAAAAAGAGGGGACCCAAACCUGAGACAUUUCUCUUGAAGGCAAAAGCUAAAGAAAAGACGUAUGACUUUAGACGAGAAACGCCCAGAGGCAUUUCCUAUCCCGUCCCGGAGCCCGUGAUAACGCCGAGGGCCCGAGAAGGUUUACGCGCCGUGGUUCCCACAAUUUUCCCACCGAGCGCCGUCAACAGGGGAGAAAGUGUCCACGUCCGACCGCCCGAACCUGAGCGGAGGCCCAGACCCGCUCUCAGCCUCCAAGAACCCUCCCGUUUCCCCAAAAAGCGAGGCCGCAAGCCGAAGCUGAGCUUAAAUUACGACAGAGACGAUGGGCCCAGCUCAGCAGAGCCUGACACCAAGAGGAGCCGGCUGCUGGAGGAGCCGGUACCCCACGGCCCGUCCAAAAUGCCCCGACGCCUGCAUCACUACGGAGAGACGUCGGACCGCAGCCUCAUCCAGCUGACCCGCAGGUUUCAGGAGGAGACCACCAUCACCCCCAAGUCCUGCGUGGGGAGCGCGAGCUUGUCCUUCUCCUGCGCCUUCAGUCCAGACCAGGGGGUGCACAGGACUCACUGCGUGAGCAGGGCGUCUCUGGCCCGGUCCAGCAAGAACCGGAACCACCGGGAAACGGAGGGCCGCUUGACCCGGGAGCAACCCGGUGCCGUCUGCGCGCAACCGGAGUCCACGGAUGGAUCGUGGACGCCCAGUUUUACCAGUCUGGACCGCGUGACCGUGACAGACGUCACCAUGAACUUCUUGACAGUCACCAUCAAAGAGAGCAGCACGGACAAAGGGUUUUUCAGAGAUAAGAGAUGAGUAUGUGCUUCCGAUGUACGUUAGGCCCUGAUCAUUGUUUAAGUAUAGCUACUAACUAACAAGCCUACUGUGACAGUAUAUUUUUUUCUAUGUAACCUACAUACAUGUACAUACACGUAUUUAAUACGCUGCUGAGAAAAAUAAAAAAAGGAAGUUA